GAAUAGAUGUGGACUGAUUGUCAACAUCUUGGAAGGCCAUAUAUCCAAAUCAGAUGGUUUUAGAAUUAAUUGUCCUAUUGUGAUACAGAACACAAAGCAUUUUUACAACUUUAAAUUGCAUCUAGAUCAAUAGCAAUGAAUGCAGCAGUAGGUUAAGAAAAUUGGUUUUCCAAACCAAUAUUGUCUGUCUACUACUCUCAGCCCCUCCAGUCCUCCCCAGUGGCAUCCAGUGCAACUGGAGUAGAUCUUUCAUUUUAUCCCAUGCUUGUUAGCUGGUCAGCAAGUGAAGGGUGAAGAAAUAAUAAAUCUGAGAUUACGCAGAAAUUCCAGUAGAGUUGGCAGUAUCCUUACAAAAGAAUAAGACAUAAAUACAACUGAAUUGUGGGGCAGGAAAAAGCAUAUAUUUAAGCUUUUUCAGGCAGCAUGAUCUGGACAUACUGACCAAAGUACACAAACAUCUGAUUGGUACAAGCUGAUCAUGGUGAUCCAGACACAAAUGUAGAAAAGGAGGAAGAGAGAGAUCUAGUUAAUAAGUAAUUCCUGGCUAUAAUGCAAGUCUGAACAAACAGCACAGUUUCUCAGCAGUAAAGACAGUAUCUCAGCUUAAACACCCUCCAGCACAAGUAUAUUAUUCCUUCCUCUCACUAAGAAGAAUAUGAAAAACAAGAAGAGUUUUGCGCCACAAGAAGCAGAAGCACGUCCUUCCAGAUGUCCGGAUAACAGUGCAUUCAAACAACAGAGGCUACCGGCGUGGAAGCCCCAGCUUACCAUUGCGACUGUGCUCUCCACCUUCUUUCUCACGGGAGCAUUUUGCCUUUCUGUGGGAAUCUGCCUCAUACUGUCUGCAAACAGCGUCAGAGAAAUCCAGAUUAAUUAUUCAGACAAAUGCUCGGAUUGUUCAAAACUUCGUGAAAAUUCCUAUAAUUGGAAUAUUGAAUGUCUCUGUUCUGUUGAUUUCAAGCUGAAGGAAGAUAUGCUGGGUGAUGUUUUUAUGUACUAUGGCCUGCAAAACUUCUAUCAAAACCACCGUCGAUACGUGAUAUCAAGAAGUGAUGCACAGUUGUUGGGUCGAGAUGUAAACGUUCAGAGGAGCUACUGCGCGCCCUUCACCACUUACAAAAAUGGAACACCGAUGGCUCCGUGCGGUGCUAUUGCCAACAGCAUGUUCAAUGAUACUAUUGAUCUUUUUUACAAUUUUAACUCAUCUGUUAUUCAAGUACCACUGCUGAAGACUGGAAACAGUUGGUGGACAGAUAAAAAUGUGAAAUUUCGCAAUCCACAAUCACACAAUCUCUCUUCUGCGUUUGCAGGGACAGCAAGACCUCCUUACUGGCAGAAACCAGUAUAUUUGUUAGAUGAGGAAGAUGAGAGGAAUAAUGGUUAUAUAAAUGAUGACUUCAUUAUCUGGAUGCGAGUGUCAGCCUUUGCUACAUUCAGAAAUCUUUACCGUCGUAUCAGCCGGAAAAGACAUUUUGCUGAUGGCCUCCCAGCAGGGGAUUACACUUUCCAUAUCUCCUAUAAUUUCCCUGUAACCAAAUUCAAGGGGAAGAAGUAUGUGAUUCUUUCAACCAUGGUAUGGAGCGGAGGAAGUAACCCCUUCCUGGGAAUUGCCUAUGUGGUUUGUGGCACAGCAGCAACCCUGACAGGUUUUAUCAUAACUGCCAUCCACUUAAAGCUCAGAAAAAAGAAAACAUACUUUCAGAAGUAAUAUGGUAUCCUGGAUUUAUAAACAAUGGCAAAGGUUUGCUGUGAAUGAACAGGCAGCACAGGCCUUUCAUUCUUUCCCCUAAGCUCUAGAUCGGUUUCUGUAGCAGGUUUGGUGUAUGUAAGCAAAUUGAGGGGCAGUGCCCUUCUGUCAUCCAAAACCAAACUUAUAUGAGGCUGCAUUAUUAUUAAUGCAUGUGUGCUCCUAAGUUUGUUUCUUAGGAAACUGGUAGUGAACUGAGUUUCAAACGGGAGAUACCAUCAUGGUCUAAAAUUCAAUGGGAGAGAAACUGUAUGGUACUAAUGUUUGGCCAGAACUCUGGGUCCAUUUUCCUUUUCCAGCCUUUGAUUGAUACAAUAUUUCUAUUAGUUUAAUUGGAGCUUGGAUUGGUAAAAAAGUGAGGUCUUGAUCCAACAGAAAGCUUGAGCAGGUAGAACUUGAUGGUAAAGUCUGUUUGUUGGUUGUAUGCAUGGGCUGAAUGGCUUGGCUCACGUUUUAUACAGCUUUUUCAGCUAUCCUGAAAAAGCAGACAAUUUAUUUGCAUAUUAGUGUGGUAUAUUCAUCACAGUUUAAUACUUGAUUCAUAAUUGAAUACAGGCCAUUUUUUAGGAGUAUGGAGUGUGUUUAAACCCUCUUGGUUGGUUUUAUCUGGAUACCAAGACUAGCUUGCAGAGCUAGACAGAGGGCAUUACGAUUUAAUAGAAAGUUUAAAUUAAAAGCUCCUUCAAUGCUAACAUUUUAGCAGAAGCAUCUAGAUAAUGUUACCAAUAAGCCACACACCCAAACCUAUCUAACUUACCCUUCUGUGCAAAAGUGCACACUGACUCUCUAAGUGACAUGAAAUGUCUGUUCCCCAUUCAAGCCCUCAUUUCGGUGGUGCAGAGACUCAUAAUAAACAUAAAGCAUUAGAAAGUCCGACAACUUUAUUUUCAGAAAAUGAAUGCUGCAGCCAGUUAAUAGACUAUUAUCAAUUUUCAUGUUUCAUAUUUGAAACACUUAGAAGCAUUUUCCAGUCUCUUGCAAAAUGUAGGAACAAUGCUGAAAAAUUUGGAUCAAGUAUACUAUGGCAUGUAUGAAUUUUUAAAAAUAAUUUCUCUGUUGCAGAAGUGGAAAUGGAAUAAAACAUACUCAAUGAAUUUCUUUGAUAAGUAUUCUGUGUGCCUCACUCCACCCCCCACCCCACCCAAAAAAAACCAACACUAAAACAAGAAAGAAAACACAUACUAGAGCAAGAGAAGGGAAUGUGGCAUAGGGAAGCUGUGUGACACUGUCCAAGUCUGCCUUUAAAAAUGUAUCAGGCACUUAGGAUCUUACGACCUUUGACAGAUGGCCUCUGGUGUGAAUCUAUUUGCAGCAACAGAAGGUACCGUUUCCUUUAAUCUGUGCUUCAUAAUUGAGACAUGAGCAGUGGAAAGUGAUGCUGCUCAAGAUCAUAACCUGGCCUGUUGGUACAAGCUUGCUCCAUCAAUGUUUUAUGUUGACGUUCUGGGCUAAUGCAUGUGUCUGCUUCCUCUCUUCCUGGUCAGGGCCAGUCACCUCCAUCAGCAAGCUGUGAAAACAGGGUUCCAGUAUUUCAAACCAUUGCAUCUGAACCUGCCAGGGGCUGUGGGUGAAAACUAUCCCUCAUGGACCGGACGAGACAGGGCAUGAAGCAGUAUAUUUAACAAUGCUUAAGCUCAUUAGUCUAAAUCACUUCUAACAAUGAGACUUGCUCCUAAACCUUCUAAAUGCUUUUGAAAAUUGAAUCCCAUGCCUUCCUUCUGGAAGGCCCUGAUGGGAGCUGCUGCCAAAGCUGAACUCAGGAUUUCUGGCUCCAAACAGACCACAGGACUCUUUUUUUUUUCCUUUUUUUUUUCCCCCGUUCUCUCUUUUUUUUUCUUUCAUUUUUUUUAAGUGCUCUGAGAAACUGGCUUUCAGGAAAUGAUAUAUCAUCUGGGUGUUUAAGUCACAGCACAAUUGCCAUUGAUGUUAUUUCUUUGUGGAAUAUCUGGUAAAAAUGUUAGUAAAAGGAGACUGAAUAAUGAGGUAUGUAUUUCAGUAAGUCAGUGUCUACGAGAAAAAAAAAUAUUUAGAAAACACAGUCUAGCAAGCAGCAUUCACAGUAUGUCCUUUAUCUCCCAGAGGUUUGUGCAGGAACCUGGCUCAUCUCUUGAAAUGUGCAAUGUCUUCAAACUCCUCCACAGGGAAAACCUGUCUUCAAACAAAUCUUCCUCUGUCUGUUAUUCCGGAAGUUAUCUAAGUCUUCAUUUAUGAAAAUAAAAGUUCUUUUUCAUCUUACCACAACUUUGAACACGUCUUCAAUCUUUCUUGUACCCUCUGAACAGAGUCAUUGGAAGCUGCUACUUGAGCUCAGGAAGUUACUGUUGUUAACUCUGAACAGCUCUGCAGUGUCUGUCUUGUCAUUUCGGAUAGUGCUGCCUACUCCAGAACAGUAGGGAUGGCAGUUUUGAUGAAGUACUCACAGCAGAUGUAUUUGGACAGAACCUGCCUUGCUCAAAAAAAGGAUGGAAAAUAAAGUUUUAGCAACCUCCUUACGCUGCUUUUUGUGCCAGUGCUACAGCUCUGCUGUUGGUCUGCCCCUUGUACCAGCACUUGCCUUUUCAGGAUAAUUUUGUAGAUGUAGUCCUCUACCUAUAUGAAAUGUUUAUUGAAAUUGUUGUUUUAUGCUGCCUCUGCCUUACUUCUUCUGCAGGGGCUGAAACAGAAGUGAGAUUCCUGACUGGAGUAGUGCCCUAACAACUGGAUAGUAAAAGCCAUCCUUGGUGCGUUCUUAUUGUGGCAUGGAUCAGGGGAUAAUCCCCUUCUGUCAUAAGCGGCCGAUAGCAGCAGAAAGCAUGAUUUCAGACAAAAAUCCAAUAACUUUGUAGCACAAUCUUGAAAUAGAACUACUUAUAACAUAUAACUGUCUAGCUUUGUGGUGAGAAGACAUGCAAACAAUUUCAGCUUCUGUGUGAUCAAAGUCUGAAGACGUGCAAAAAGGAAUACCAGGAGACAGUUCUUCGUGUACAUGGUUCCAUCUUCCUCUACUGGGUAGAAAAAAAUACUGGGCAGCGUUGUUUUCUGCGUGUGCUUUUCCUGGAGGAUUUGUGUUUGCAAGGCUGCUCUUCUCUACUGGAGCUACAAGCAAAUUGUGAACCUCAGCAAAGGUCCCUUGAACCAGACAUUUUCUCUGCUGUGUCAUGACAUUGAACAGUACGUCAAAUAGCAGUUCAAGACAGGUACUGUUGUCAUGUCUUUCUGCACUUCCGUUUAAGGUAUCAUUACAUGCUAGACUGUAGUGAAUGUAAAUUAUAUGUUUCAGUCUCAAUUACUACACAAAUUCUGGAGCAGCUUUGUGAUGGGGUAGAGCUCUGUGUUGGAUUUCCCUGCACCUCCACUUCCCAUGAGCUCCCUAAAGAGCAGAAGGGCUUUUCAAUUCAAAAUCCUGGAGCAACUGAAAAAGGAGAGAAUAAAGUGACUAAGGCAAAACACAGAAAGACAUGAUAAAUCCUGUGUGUUAUUGUAGUGUAGUUUUCAGCUUGGUUCAGGCGUCAGCUUGGUUUCCAGCUUGGUUUCCAUGCUGCCUGGGUUUGGCACUCUCCAGCCUGUUGGAUGCUCUGGCGACCACUUGUGCAUGGUGGCGGUGCCUGUCAGCAACCCGCUCCUCUGCGUGGGCUCUGGCUGAACUGCAGGGCCCCUUUCGGAGAUCCUCUCCUUGUGCCUUGUCCCGCCCUGCAGCAUGGAGGCUGCACGCCUCCUGGGAAGGCUUAGUUGCUUCCCCUUUCCAGAGGAUACCUCCUGAUGUGGUGGCAUCUUUUUCUAAGUAAAUAAAUAAAAUAGAUUGUGUUAGCCAUACUGUUUAUUAGAAUGAACUACAGCCGGAACAAGACUUAGUGAAACUGGUAAAACAUUAAAUCAAAUGCAUGACAUCGAUAUUUUAACCCAGGCAGAGAAGUGUGAGACAGUCACCAUUUGUUAGUUUUGGUGUUUUUGUGUGACAGCCUGUUCUUGUAAGAAAAACCUUUCCUUGCACAGUUACCAUUCCAAGUACCUGACUAGCCAUUAUAGGCACCAAAUGAUCUUGACGGGAUCUUUUCAACCACCAAUGGUAGAAUUUGAACUGUAGAUAAUCAUGAAAGACCUUCUUAUUUUCUCUGGUCAGUUUCUUUGUAGUGCAUUUUAUGUGACUGAGCAAUCUGGUUUUGAAGUAAUUCACAAGUCUUCUACUUGCACUGAGUUUUCCAGCUAAAAGUGAGGUUCUGCUUUCUCUCCCUUUGAAGUAUGAAGGAGUAUAAAAUACCGCUGGCCUUUUUGGUUUGUUUGCACCCUGCUCUUAAUUGCUUUCCUUAUUGGCCUCUUAGAGGUAUGUGUGAAACUUGUCUGCCUUUUGAUCUUAAACAGCUACAAAAAUACUGUGUUAAAGGUCUUCAUCGUUUAAAAUUCCCUCUGCUCUGUUUUCUUUGUAGCCAUUCCUCAAUUGUUCCUAAUCAUUGCUAUGAAAAACUCUUUCCCUUGUCUCUUUGUUUCGUGAAAUGCAAAACAGAUAGCUUUCUCAUGACUUUGGCAGCUAAAGAAUGUCAUUUAACUGGUGAACAAGGUUUACCCUUUAUGCCAUCCAUGUUGAUAUUACAAACCUCCAUGGCAAUCAGGACUGCAGGAUUUUCCAGUUGUUGACAUGUCAGGGAGUGCAGCUGGCUUUUCAGUACUAUUAAUGCAGACUCGGUGUGUGCGGCGUGUGUGACAGAUCUUCUGCUGUGCUUUUUUCCUCUCUCUGCCUCCACCUGCUUUCUUUACCAAGUAGCUUCGUAAGAAGCCUUGGCAGGGGCUACAUCCUUAUGCUUUGCUUGCACUGAAGGAACUACUUGACUGACCACACAUCUUUUUCUAAUCCUUUGUAUUGUCCUUUCUUGAACAAGUUGAGACUUUCUGCACUAUUUGCUCUGCCCUUUCUUUGCCAGAAGUCAAAGGCCAAUUUCAGCCAAACUUGAAAGAGCAUUCUUACGCUAUUUCUUUUUUCCUUUUUAAAGUGGAUGGCUUGGGGGUGGAAACCCAAAGGAGUGCUUCCUACUGCACGGCAGCAGUCUAUAUUCGUAUGUACAGCAGGCAAUGGCUCUCCUACUGAUACAAUGGAAGAAAAUACAAAAAUUUGUAGAAAUGGUAAGAAAGCAAUUCACAGUGAGUGAGAAGCUGUACAAGAUGGUGAAAGUUGCUUUUUUCCUUAAUGUGAAAUGAAGUGAUUAUUGGUGCAAAAAUUUCAGCAGCUCAUCGGUGGUAUUUUUUAGUACAGCUGAGGACUUUUUGUGAGAGCAAAGGAAACCUAUAUCCUGAUUGCCUGAAUGUGUAUGUCGCUGUGCUGUUAGGCUGUUUUGGUGACCAGGCUGUGAGGUCAGCGCCUCCCUCAGCACUUGGGUGUUUGCUGCACUUAAGAGAGGCCAAAGCAGCUUCCAGGUGCAGCACCUGGGUUGCUACUAACUAUGGAGCUGCCGAUAUGCCAGAGCAGCAGCAGGUAGUCACACUGCCUGCUGGACAUCCCGCUUCCCAGGUGAGACACUAAGACAAAGGCUUACAAAUCACUACAGUCAUUUACAACUUGAGCUUUAACUUUGUUACCAAAUCCUGCUUACAGCUGCUACCCAUAUUAGCGAUGUGGUCUAUUUCAGAGAUGGGUAAAGUGACCUGACAAAGCCAUUUUUGCAGAAACAAGAUUGCUCUUAUUUAUUUAUUUAUUUAAUGCAGAAAAAGUCCACCAGGAUUUAUGAAGGUAAAGCAGUAUAGAACGUAUCUUUGAAUCUACUUUUGAUGUGUUUCAAAAUAAACCUUCAGAAUGGUUUGCAUUAGACCUAUUUCUGUGACUUACUUAAGAAAUACUUUGAUCAAUUAUCCAUGCAUUUUUAUCAACUGUUUUAGAUGCAUAUUAGAUGUUUUAUACACAAAACAUUGAUUCUCUCCUUCUGCUGUUAAAACUCAAUUUUUUGUUUGUUUGUUUCAGAAAGAAUCAUGUCCUAGGAUAUGUCCAAUAUGGAAGAGCCUCCCUGAGCAGAAUGGUCUCUGGCACUCAUCUCGUCACCAAAAGCUUGCUUUGGAAGAGCUACAACCAUGUGAAGUUGCACCAUGUUCAGG